AUGGGCUGUACCACCUCCAAGCAGGCCCGCCGUGACCUCCGCCGGAGCCCCUCCCCGCUGCCCCGCAGCCGCUCGAUGCCCCACCACCCCAAGGCCGGCGGCACCAACGCUUCCACCACCCUGGGCUCCCUCAUUUACGGCCCCCCCGCCCCAGACGCCGAUGACCGGAGAAAAGUCCUCUCCACCAAGCUCGUCAAAGCCAAGACCUGGUCGGUGAUGAUCGAGAAAAGAAUUCUGAAGACACCUACAGAGACACCACCCAAUGAGCCAGAGACCAUCGAUGCCUACGAGCUCAUGGCAGGCUUGGAGGACUCCACCCCUCUCCGACCACCCACCGCCACCUUCGACCGCCACUCCUUCUCCUUCCCCACCACCCGGGAUGUCGAGCCCGUGCCUGAAUCGAAGCUCAGCUCCAAAUCGAGCAACGGAGCUGCGAGCCCAGGUCCAAUGAUCACUGCUGCGGACUUCGAUCCAGAGAUCAUAUCAAACUUCCGAAAGGCUCUGGAGGAGCUCUCUCCACAGCUCCGGUCGCCUGAGUCAGUGAAGACAACAUCGAGAUGGAAGAAUAGGUGUGCUGAGUCGACCGGCAUUGUUCGGACGAGGAUUGAUGCAUUCCAGGAGAUAAUUGAUGCAAAGAAGGCCAAUGCCACCGAGAUUUCGCAAUGCGGAAAGUGGCCGUCAGGUGGACAAAGGAAGGUGGUGCUCUACUUCACAAGCCUUCGUGGGGUUCGAAAGACUUAUGAGGAGUGCUACUUGGUGAGGAUGAUACUGAGAGGCUACGAAGUUUGCGUCGACGAGAGGGAUGUGUCGAUGGACAGGGGCUUCAGAGAUGAGCUGACCGAGAUUCUUGGGACAGGGUAUGGGGGAAGCUGGCUGCCGAGGGUCUUCGCCAAUGGGAGGGACUUGGGAGGGGCAGAGGAGGUGAGACAGAUGCAUGAGUCUGGGGAAUUGGGGAAGGCAAUGGAAGAUUGCACCGAGGAAUUUGUCGACAAGGGUGGCCGGGGAAGGCCGUGCCAGGGGUGCGGUGACGUGCGGUUCGUGCUCUGCGAGCGGUGCUCGGGGAGCUGCAAGGUCUAUUUAGAGGAAGAAAAGGAGGAGGUGGAAUGGGAGGAUGUCGAGUGCGGGUUCCGGCGGUGUCCCGAGUGCAAUGAGAAUGGUCUUGUGAGGUGUCCUGUUUGUUGUUAG